AUGAUGAUCCUAUGGAUGUGGGUGUUAUGCAUCGCGGACCUGUCAGAUGCUGUGAUUGACUUGACAAUGAUAUCCACAGCAGAGGUCAUCCAAGUCAAUCACUUCUCCAUCUCAUGUGUUAACGGAGAGCGCAACCCUGCUCAUGUGGAACUGGACAUUAAAAGAGACAACAAAAUCCUCAUAUUCCCAAAGAUGCCAAACUUCAAAUUACAUAAACAAAGAAACAAGAAAAUUGUGGCCCGCGAGUUCAGAGAUUUAGAUAACAUUGGUAUAUUUUACUGUGAAUCCACGCAAGAAGUUCCUCCACUUGAGACCGUUACAAUGAUAAACAAUUUCGGCAGAGCUAACUUUAUCCCAAAUCACCUGACAAUAACUGCUAAUAAAGGAGAAACCGUACAUCUUAGCAUGGUGCUCCUGAGCUCCCAAAAGAGGGAUGUGACAUGGAAGUAUAAUGGAAAUUACUAUUACAUGACUCACUGGAACGACAUGGUCAACCGCACUGCUGUUCUGACAAUAGAGAAUGCAGCUUCUGCCAAUCAAGGCAUCUACAGUGCCAGCUACGUGGGGGACAGUCCUCUUAAUGGGGCCUGGAUGAGGCUCAUUGUCAGAGAUUGCCCAAAUAAGAAAUGGGGUGCUUACUGUGACAAGGACUGUCCAGAAUGCCUCAAUGGUGGCGUGUGUCAUGAUAAGGAUGGAGAUUGUAUCUGCCCUCCUGGAUUUAUGGGAACACGCUGUGAGACAGCCUGCAGAGAGGGAAUGUUUGGCCGAAAUUGCCAAGAAUCAUGCAGCUCUGAUGUGAACUGUAAGGGGUUACGCUUCUGCCUACCAGACCCUUACGGUUGUUCCUGUGGAAGCGGAUGGUAUGGGACUCGAUGUGAAAAGGCCUGCCAUAAUGACAUGUUUGGACCGGACUGCAGGCUGAACUGUAGAUGCCAGAAUGGAGGAGUGUGUAACCGCUUUAGUGGAUGUCAAUGUCCUACAGGAUGGAGGGGACAAAACUGUGAAAAAUCUGAUCGGGCCCCGGAGAUCUUAGACUUGGAUAGCAAUUUGGAAUGGAAUCUCAAUUCAAGCCCAAAGAUUUAUUGUUCAGCCACAGGCAAUCCUCUGCCCAGUCAUAACAGCAUUGAACUCCGAAAGAUGGACAGCACCGUGCUCAAAGCAUCACACACUGUCAUGGAUUCUAAUAAAAGUAUAGCCAUGUUUGAGAUCCCACGUCUGAGUGCUGAACAUGGCGGAUUGUGGGAAUGCAGAGUUUCUACUAUUGGAGGCCAGGAUUCCCGUAAAUUUAAUCUCACGAUCAAAGAACCACCGGUGCCCAUGACUGCUCCCAUACUGCUAGAAAAGAGAAGUAAACAGCUGCUUGUAAUGCCAAUGGACUGCCACAAAGGAGACGGGCCCAUUAUCUCUACCACACUCCUCUACAAGCCUGUAGAGAAUAAAGAUUCCUGGUCGUCCAUAAUUGUGUACAGUGACAAAGAGCCCAUCACACUGAUGAACCUGGAGCCUUCAACACGCUAUCGUGUACGGGUCCAGCUAACUCGUCCUGGUGCAGGAGGAGAGGGGACCCCGGGGCCAGAGGCCAUCAUGGAGACUGAUUGUCCUGAGCCCACAGUUCAGCCUGAGAUUGACAUCAGCUUGGUGGAAGGUCAUAAUGUCACUGUGCAAUGGCAAAUGCCCAGCAGCAGUGGCAUUAAUGUCGACUCAGCCAGUGGCUUUUUAGUGCAGCUCUUCGGGCCGCCGCCACACAAUGAGAAACUCCUGGAGGAGACAACCGUGUUAAAUGUUCUGUCCAAAAAUUUCUACAACAUGGAGUAUCAACAAGACUACACGGUGGUGGUGCGCCUCAUCAACUGUGGCAGCCAGGGGCCACCUUCAAAACCCUACCACAUCCACAUCAACAGCCAGGGCCCGUCACCACCGCGUAAUGUCCAGGCCCUGUCUCUGUCCCUGUCAGCAAUCCAGUUAAAGUGGCAGCCCCCUGAGGAUGUAAAUGGUGGCAUCAUGAAGUAUGUCAUUGAAUACCAGCCAGUGGGCCAGGGAAGUCCGAACCUUUGGCUGGACACAGAUGACGGGAACAAGACCACGAAAGAUGUUACUGCACUCAACGGCAGUACACUCUACCAGUUCAGAGUGAGAGCUUUUUCCAAGGUGCCAGGAGAGUGGAGCAAGUUUGUUCAAGCCAUUACACAAGGGGAUGGCCUGGAAAGUUUAACACCGACCACCCAGGGUGUUGCUCGGAGAUCUUCAGGGGACAACUACCAGCUGUUGGUAGCCGUGGUAGCCUCAGUGACAGUCACAUGUGUGACCAUCCUUCUGGCACUGCUUGCAUUUUUCUUCAUCCGCAAAACUCUACUCAACCGACGUCGUACAUUCACUUACCAAUCUGGAUCAGGUGAGGAGACAAUUCUACAGUUCAACUCGGGAACUCUGACGUUGACCCGAAGGCCUAAGCCUACCCCAGAGCCUCUUACUUAUCCAAUCCUGGAAUGGGAAGACAUUAAGUUUGAGGAUGUCAUCGGUGAGGGCAACUUUGGACAGGUGAUCAAAGCCAUGAUAAAGAAGGAUGGCAACAAGAUGAGCGCAGCCAUAAAAAUGCUGAAAGAGUUUGCUUCAGAAAAUGACCACCGAGACUUUGCAGGGGAGCUGGAAGUGUUGUGUAAAUUAGGCCAACAUCCCAACAUCAUCAACUUGAUUGGCGCUUGUGAGAACAGAGGUUACCUGUAUAUUGCCAUAGAGUAUGCUCCCUAUGGCAACCUUCUUGACUUUUUAAGAAAGAGUCGUGUCUUGGAGACUGACCCUGCCUUUGCCAAGGAGCAUGGCACAGCCUCUACGCUCACCUCCCAGCAGUUACUGCAGUUUUCUGUUGAUGUGGCGACAGGGAUGCACUACCUCAGUGACAAACAGUUUAUUCACAGAGAUUUGGCUGCCAGAAAUGUUCUUGUUGGAGACAACCUGGUUGCAAAGAUAGCAGACUUUGGUCUUUCCCGUGGUGAGGAGGUUUAUGUUAAGAAGACAAUGGGAAGGUUACCUGUUCGCUGGAUGGCGAUUGAGUCCCUCAACUAUAGUGUGUAUACAACCAAAAGUGAUGUGUGGUCAUUCGGAAUUCUGCUGUGGGAGAUUGUAAGCCUUGGUGGCACGCCAUAUUGUGGUAUGACAUGUGCUGAACUUUAUGAGAAACUGCCACAAGGCUACAGGAUGGAGAAGCCCAAAAAUUGUGAUAAUGAAGUGUAUGAGCUGAUGAAACAGUGUUGGAGGGAUCGGCCUUAUGAAAGACCCCCUUUCUCCCAAGUCUCGGUGCAGCUCAAUAGGAUGCAGGAGGCCAGGAAGGCGUAUGUGAACAUGGCGCUUUUCGAGAACUUUACUUACGCUGGAAUAGACGCCACUGCAGAGGAAGCCUGA